UCCACACAUAAAACGGUCAACCGAAUCGUUUCUAGUCAUCUCUCUUCCUUCCAGGCUUUUUCUUCUAUUUACUUUAUAUUAUGAUUGGCAACUUUCAUAACUUAGGUGCAUUACCAAAACUGACCUCAUCAUCUUUCAGUCACCCACGUGGGUAUAACCAAUGAGGAGAUGAGAUGAGCUUCAAUAAACCAAUGAGGAGAUGGGAGAGGCAGGACUUGCAGCGCGAUCUGCGUCAGAUAUAGGAAUGACUUCUAUGCAGACACUUGUUGGCUGCACACAAGCAGUGUGGUGCAAUAAUUGAAUAACAUAGAUUUCUAAAUUUAUUUUGCAAUGCAAGAGGUGUAGUCAGCCUGUUACUAUAAUGUUCCUUCUUAAUUGACUUGGUAACGUUAUAGAAAAUGGUUUAUUGUAUAGAUAUAGCAACUAAUCUCCUGCUGUGAAAAAAAAUAUGUUUUGCUCGUUUUCUGUCCUUUUUUGGCGGUGCGGGUUUGCCUUAUCAUUCCCUUGAAAUGAACCUGUCCUGGCAACCCUGCUUGAAAGCGCGCUGUGUGUAUAGCAGGCUGCUUUUCACCGGAGCACGGAUGAAACGACGGACGGAGCGGAGAGAAUUUGGACUGCGAAGAGAACAAGACCCAACGUUGAACUGAUUUGAUAAGUGUCAGAUAUUAAAUUAGUGGGUAGUAUUAGUUAGUUUUUUAAUCCCUUGAUAAGUGGACGCUAGUCUCGGACAUUCCCAUCGUUUGCGGGCAUUGAUAAACACAAGACUUGACUUCACCCCGUCUCUUAUGAAUAUUGAAUUCGCGGUAUGAAUUGUUUACAUCUGAUAGUUUGAUGGGGCUUUUAAGGAUUAUGAUGCCUCCCAAGUUACAGCUUUUGUCUAUUUUGGUUUUUGGAGUGUCGAUGCUCUUCAUUGAAAACCAAAUCCAGAAAUUGGAGGAGUCGCGGGCAAAACUGGAGCGUACCAUCGCCAGACACGAGGUGAGGGAGGUGGAGCAGCGCCACACCCAAGAUGGCGUACGGGACACGCCGUCGCUGGCUGAGGCAGAGGACGUGGUUAUCAUAUAUAACAGGGUGCCCAAGACGGCGAGCACGUCGUUCACCAACAUCGCCUACGACCUUUGUGGAAAGAACCACUUCCACGUUUUGCACAUCAACACCACCAAGAACAAUCCUGUCAUGUCCUUACAAGACCAGGUGCGCUUUGUCCGCAACGUGACUUCCUGGAGAGCGAUGAAGCCUGGGUUCUACCACGGACAUGUGGCUUUCCUCGACUUCUCCAAGUAUGGGGUGAGAGGUAAACCUGUUUACAUCAACGUGGUCCGGGACCCCAUCCAACGCCUCGUAUCGUACUACUACUUCCUGAGGUUUGGAGAUGACUACAGGCCUGGCCUUCGACGGAGAAAACAAGGUGACAAAAAGACCUUUGAUGAGUGUGUGUCAGCAGGUGGUUCUGACUGUGCCUCUGAGAAGCUUUGGCUCCAGAUCCCGUUCUUCUGCGGACACUACUCAGAGUGCUGGAAUGUAGGCAGCAGGUGGGCCCUGGAUCAGGCCAAGUAUAACCUACUGAAUGAAUAUCUACUAGUUGGGGUGACAGAGGAGCUGGAGGACUUUAUCAUGAUGCUGGAGGCAGCCCUGCCCCGCUUCUUCAAGGGUGCCACAGGCCUCUACAAAACAG